GUUCGUCGGGAUGCUUUUCUUUGUUAAUUAAUAGUCGAGCCUAGCUAUUUAGUUUUGUAGCAAAAUAGACACUUCCGACCUUUUGUUUCUCUCUAUCUACGUCCAUAUUUACUUAUGAGACUGGGACAGUUUGCUUUUACCUAUGACUGUAACAUAGACUUCAAGGUAGCCCAUAGUAUACCAUUAUGGUGUGACCUAACACUAAUGUUAAUGCAUAGUGGAAUAAUACGACUUGAAGGGUAUACCACAAAGCAGCAUUUCAGGGUUAGCGACCUAACCUUUGGGUUAAAUUCUGGCUUAUCCGUACCUCGAAGCUGGCUCUCUUUUCAGACUGCGGUCACGCCAUCUGCUCUUGUCCAUCUUUUGUUAGCAACAAGUUAGACAGCUAACAGUGAUGAGUGAAAUACAUCUUCCUUCUCAAACAGCAAACUGUAUAGUCAGUAUUUUAGAUUUAACGAGCGAACAUGCCUGUAUAUGGAAGUUGUGGACGCUUAAAUUGUGACUUGUACGUUGAUUGAUCUAAAGAAAAUACUUGUAUAUACAGCAUAACUCAUUUAAAGAUAAAAAGUACUACUUUGUUUACUUCUAAUUCUGUGAGCAGCCAUGUUGCUUUUAUGUCACUCCUUAAAUGGGGAAGGAACUCAGAGUUGAGAAGACUACCCCAAGGUGACGAGUAGGAAUUUGGGGUUGAGGGGGUGUUUUCUUUGGCUUUUACUGGUUGGAGUUUGGGAAUUGCGAACUCAGCAUUAAACAUGUAUCUGAAACUUUUUCUAGCACUGUUCCAUAUGAUGAAAAAACGUAUUGAUGCGGUGGCAUUUCAUACUGUGAAAGAUUGGUGCCCAUUUACUGUUGUCGAGAAAGAAGGGUUAAUUACGUUGUGUAAAAGUAGUAACAGCACCAUAUAUAGCAAACAAUUGUUCUUUUAAAUAUCCUUCUUUUAUAUAUCCUUCAUUUAAAAAGGACCAUUGUAUGUGUUAGGGAUUUCGUGGCAUGCAGAAGCGCGCACUUCCGGGUCGCAAAGUAUUUUUGUUUACCACGUGUGUUUUGUUUAUGUUCAUGUCCUAUCUCCUCCCCUGUAUUGUCACUGGUUGUAUCCUUCAUGUGACUUUAUCACUUUGAUUUUCCCUUUGAUUAGUUUGUAUAUUUAAACCCCUGUGUGUCUUUAUCCUGUGUGAAGUAUUGUUCAGGGUUUUAUGUUGUCAUUUUCCAGUUCUCGAUCUUGUUUUGUUCUCUAGUACAUCGCCUGACCUCUCCCUGUUUCCUGUUCUUGAUAUUGACCCCCUGUCACGAUAAUUACGUUAUCGACUUAUCGUACUAUAUAUGGACAUGACCUCGAUCAUUUUUGCUGACCUCGAUAUUGCCCACUGUGUUUACAUGUGUGUUUGUUUACCUAAGACUUUCACCAACAUUUUAGCCGUUUGCGCUGCUUCUGUCCUCUCGUCUGCUCUAGGGCUGUCAAAUUAAAAUUCGAACUUCGAAUAUUCGUCGAAUUUAAAAUAAAAAUGCACAUUCGAAUGCAAAAACUGUGUGCGUAUGAAUUUAAGAUGUGUAACAAGCGCUAGUACUGAUUUUAAUUAAAACAUACUGUUGAAAAAAUGACACGCAAGCCAUUAACAAUGCACUAACUAUGUUUUUUGAAGAAGGAAAAAUUUAGAAAGAAUAAUUCUAGUGUUUCAUAUAAUCCAGAUGAAGCUGGAUUAAGCAAAAGUCUGAUUAAGUUGAAAUAUGGUGGGCUGCAUGGUUCUGCUAAUCUGUAACAGGAUUAUCAGUCCUCACUGAAUUACUUCAUGCAGGCAUUUCACACAACUAGCACUGAUCGAUUCUCCCAAAACAUGAAAAGGAUGUUCUAUGUAUCUAUGAUCUCUUUAUUGUUUGAUGUAACUUGGCAAGAACUGGCCAUUGGGAAUGCUAUUUGUGAGGAGUGCUUGAACCCUGCAGAUCAACUCUUGUUGAUAUUUGGAAAUUCUUUAAACAAGUUCAUUAUUAUAUUUUAAUUCGUCUGUUGUGAAAUAUUCAGCCUUAAUAGAAUCCAUCUUCAGCUUUUCUAAUAAGCAUUCGAAUCAGUGUGAGAGCCGCAUUUAUUAAGUUGAACACGCACAGGACUUCAUGAGGACAGCCUGAUUUAAUGAGUUGUUAACCCAUGUUGUGACACCAGUUAACCCCACUUUUAAAUGUUUGGUUACAGAUGUGGUACAGUCCUCUGUUCAGUCCUGGUAACCAUCUCGGGUGAUCCUCAAUAUGGAGAGUACAAGACACUCUGAGGGAGCUUUGUUGGCUUUGCCAUGGGUGCCUGUGAAUUUUGGGGGUUCCAAGUUGUUGGCCAAAGCCUGGUUUGGUGACACAGAAUAUCGAUUGUUGCUGAGUGACCUGAACAGUGUUUGGGAGGAGGAGAUGAGCACAAACAGCAUCGAGAGACGUGCACAGGUUCUAAAUAAGCGUCUAAGGGCUCCAGUGCACACAUUUUUUGCUCACCUGCGCUCAGUGGCCUGGCCAUGUCUCUCCAGAGAGUCGUAUGAACAGAGCACAACCGUACAUUUCCUUCUCAAGCAUAAGGGGGAAGACCUAACUGUCAGACUCAAGAGUGAGCUGGGAGAUGUACCAUUCUAUUGGGAAUUCCAGUGCACCCCUGCCUCGGUAGCAGUGGUGUCCAGAGAGCUAGUGUGUCCCUUGUUGUCUAUGACUCAAGUGCUGCAUAGGCAUGUUGGAGAACUAACUACUUUGCUGCUCAAGAAAGAUGCUGAGAUACAAGACUACAAAGAGAAUGGAGCUGUGCUUAGCAGAGGUAGGCUUCAGACUGAGCCAUUUGAGGAGGAGACAUACAGAAGGAACUUCAACCAGAGCCUUCCCAAGAUGUUGCAUGACGGUCUGGAGUUUGACUCUGAGCUGCAGGACCUAUAUGUGUCCAUAUGUGCUGCAAGAAACACCCAGAAACGCAAGCGUUCUAGUGAAUACAGCUCUGCUUCAGUAGACAGCUUUGUCCCUGACCAGGACCAGACCAGCUGUGCACCAACAGGCAUGAGGCCUGCCUCUCCUGAGUCUAAUCAAAAUUAUACAAGGCAGCAAGUAGAAGACACACAGUAUGCUGACACCAAAAAGACUGUGAGACUCUUACCUGCUUCUGCUGCUGCUGCUGCUCCUCCUGUAGUUACACCUGCAGACAGGUCAGUGAACCCCAAGAAGAAGAAAGCAGCAGGGCUCUUUCAGUGACAGUAUGGUCCAAGAGUUGGAUUUUUCUCCCCUAAAAUUUUCUAUACAAUUCAGGAAAUGAUUAAACUAUGAAUUAUUAACUGUCAAUUUUCUGAAACACUGUGUGAUUGAUUAAUUUUGUUGCUUUGUAUUUUUAAUAAAUUGUUGUAGUGCAUUA